UUCAAACCGAAUUAAAAAUUUAAAUAAACUAUUUGUGAUUUUUUGCCUUAAUAUUGAAAUUUGUAAAUUUUGUAAUAGAAUUUAGUUGGAAUAAAUGUGGUCACUAUUUGGGCGUGGCUUUGCCCACAAUAUAUACAGCUAUGUAUUUCGCGCGCGUCGUUUGCGGGCCGACAAUCAGCCGUGUAAGCCGCCAAAAGCUGCUCCUGAGCCUCAUAGUAAAAUUGUAGACGUAUGUUGUGAAGGUAUGCUAGUCAAGAUAAUACCUGCACGAGCGAACAACUACAUGUACUUGAUUAAAGACUUGCCCACCGGCUGUACAGCCGCCAUCGAUCUCUCCGAUAACAAAAUACUCUUUGAAAUACUCAAAAAAGAGGAACUAAAACUUUCUUACGCUUUCAUCACUCAUCAUCAUGAGGAUCACUCUGGUGGCACGACAGAAUUGGCUGCAGCAUGUCCCGAUGUGAAGAUCUGUGCCGGCGAUGAGCGCAUCAAGUGCGUCAGCAAUUUCCUUAAGAAUGAUGACAAGUUCAAAGUGGGGGAGAUGACGGUGAAUUGCAUGCAUACACCUUGCCACACAAUUGGCCAUUAUUGCUAUUUUGUGGAAUGCGGUGCGGGUGGACCACCUGCGCUCUUCACAGGCGACACAAUUUUCCAGGGCGGCUGUGGUGGCUUUAUGGAGGGUUCGCCGGAACAAAUGUAUGCCAUUGUAAACCGUUUAAUGGCGUUGCCCAAAGAGUCACGUGUAUUUGGUGGUCACGAAAAUACAAUUCCCAAUUUACGUUUUGCCGAAACGAUUGAGCCUGAAAAUUCAAACAUUAGCUCACGUUUGUCGUGGGCGAAAGACCAACGUGAAUGCAAAUUACCAACACCGCCUUCGUUGUUGUGCGAGGAGAAGCUUUGGAAUCCAUUUUUCCGCGUGGAUCACCCGGAUGUGCAGAAAUACACCGGCGAAACAGACCCGAUUUAUACUAUGUUUUGUUUGCGCAAACAACGGGAUACUUUCAAGUAGUGGGUGUAUCAAAGAAAAAGGAAUGUAUGAAUGUAUUUGCGAGAAAAUAAAGAAAUCUAGCACGUUCUGAUAUAUUUUAAUAG